AUGACCGGUCUCGGAGUUGAAUUAUUGGGAGAUCCGGAUGUCUAUAAAAUAAUUUCAAGUUUAUAUUGACAGAUGGCGCCCAACGGUCCGAACCAGACUAAACAUGGCAGGCUUUUCUCUUUGACACACGUGUAUCAACGUAUUCCACGAACGUAUACGUGAAUGUGAACACAAAUGUGUAACUUGUGAUAUACAUUUGUACUACAACUGAACAUAAUCGCAAAAAAGUGUAUUCAAAGAUAAUAAAAUAUUAGUGCGUUCUAGUUUAACAGAUAUAUCAGUAUAUCACAAUCAUAUUUGACAUAAUAAAUUUAUAUAUUAAAAUAUAUACAAAAUUAUACAUAAUGGCAGAUAACAAUGCAGCUGCGAGUAAAUAUUCUGCCAGACAAACAUUUCGAAAUAAGAGAAAAAAUUGGAAAGAUGGUUGGCAAAGGAACAACGACCAAAGGGGAUUUAAACGCAAAUUUGAGCAAUCGAAGGUAGGAUAUGUGAAAAAAAAGAAUCUGGAUAUCGGCAAUAGACUAAAAGAAUUCGACAUAGGAAUUACAGAAUACAUUGGCAAGCACAAUGGUUUUUCUGCGAUAAUCAAAGAAAGAUACACCGAUUUUCAUGUUAACGAGAUAGAUCUUGAUGAGCAAGUAGCCAAAUUGACUCAUCAAAAUAUCCCAUGCGAGCCUGAAAAUGAUGAAAAUAUCGACGAUCUAAAAGCAUCGAUAUCGUCAGAAAUAUGGGACAAACUGCAAGCUUUGAAGGAAGAAAAUUUUUCAAGUUUGGAGAUUGACGUGACGAAUCUCGACAAGGAGAAAAGAAAAAUUAUUCACACAAUUGCGAAGAAAUUAGCAAGUGUCAUUAGUCAAACAAUGGACAAAGAUGAUAAGAAAUUUAUUACAAUUAUGUCCAGUACUAAAUGUCAAAUGCGCAAGGACACCAGAAUAGAUUGGAAAAGACGCAGUGGUGAAUAUUGUUACUUUUUAUUGCACAAAGUAAAUAUGGAUACGAUGGACGCCUUGAAUCAACUGGCUGUCAAUUUGCGAAUACGACCGGACAAUUUUAAUUACGCCGGUACGAAAGAUCGCCGAGCAUGGACAACCCAGUGGGUGAGCUUGAGAAAGAUAGAUCCACGUGACAUAUUAAGAGUGGGUAAAAGUAUACGCGGAGCUUACGUAGGAAAUUUUAAAUAUGCUAAAGAUAGCCUGAAAUUAGGCAUGCUGCGUGGCAAUCAAUUUAGAAUAGCACUGAGAAAUGUUUGCGGAACUGACGAAGAGAUUGAACACGCUAUGACUUCGCUGCGUGACAAUGGCUUUCUGAAUUACUACGGUUUACAAAGAUUUGGCACAAUAGCUUCCAUACCUACGUAUGAGAUUGGUAAACGUCUACUUCAAGGUAAAUGGCACGAAGCAAUUGAAUUAAUUCUCAAACCACGUCCGGGAGAACAAGAUAAAGAAUUAACGGAAGCUAGACAGAUUUAUGCUGAAACUAAAGACGCUCGUGCCGCUUACGCCAAGAUCAAGAGAGUCGACAAGAUUGAAGCUAGACUUUUGAAAGGUUUACAAAUAUCGGGCGAGAAAAAUCCUUUAGGCGCGCUCGACUCUGUUCCUCGAAACAUUCGACUGAUGUAUAUCCAUUCUUAUCAAAGUUACAUAUGGAAUCACAUCGUGUCGAGAAGAAUAAAACAAUUCGGAACAAAUGUGAUAAUAGGCGAUUUAGUUUAUGACAAACAAAAUUGUCAGGACAAUGAAAUUGACGAAAGCACAGAUGCGAUUAACGAGACCGCAGAUUAUUCCGCGAGUAAUAGUGACGACAAAAGCGAGACUGACGCUACGGAAGAGAAGAAUAUUGAUACGGCGACGAAUAAAGUGAGCGAAGAAAAUAUGGAUCAAGAUUUCCCAGUGGUGAAAAUUCUUACGGAAGAGGAUUUACCAAAUUACACUUUGACCGACGUAGUCAUGCCCCUGCCUGGAUGGAAAGUUACAUACCCACCGUACGCUAAGGCUUGGUAUGACGAAUAUUUAACCAAAGAUGGAUUAACUACUGAUCUUAAACAAAAAAAUAAGAAAUACAGUUUGAAUGGUGUCUAUAGAAAAAUAUUGGAAAUUCCAACAAAUCUGUCUUGGAAAAUUAUGCAUCAUAAAGAAAAACACGAUAAUCUCAUUUUACCAGACAUUGACAAAAUGAGGAAGCACUCAUCUCCACAGGACGAACCUGGUGGAAAAUACAAAGCACUUAUCAUAGAAAUGUGUUUAAAGUCCAGUUCUUACGCUACCAUGGCUUUGCGUGAGAUUUUGAAGAAUGACACUUCAGCGGAAACGCAAGCUGCUUUAUCCGCUUCUCAUGAUGCAGAAAAUUCACAACUUACUGUAAAUGCCGAAGAUGAACAUGGUCGAGAGUUGAUAGAUAAAGAUACAGGUAAUAUUGACAAAAGUAAUGUCAAAAUCUGUGAAGAACUUACCGAUGUAAACAAAGACGAAACGAUGAAAAUAGAAGAAGAAAGCAUCUCUAAGAUAUGACAAAAUGAAAUGUAAAUCAUUUUUAUAAAAGCAAUAAAACUGUUUAUGCCAAUAUAUGCAUGUGUUUCUGUAUGAAAGUCAAA